AAGUUGAAGUCUGUAGGCAGCUACUAGGAUAGAGAUUCGAAGUGGAUAGACGCAGCCAUUAUUUAGCAUGCAGUGGGCAUAGUGUGAAAUAUUCUGUGUUGUAUUUCUUGUGUAUUGUGUGCAGAAGUACAGUUUUAAAAAUGUCUAGACAGAACGAUCGACUUAGUUAUGCACAAACAUAUAAGUUGGUUGUUGUUGGAGGUGGUGGCGUCGGCAAAUCCGCUAUCACGAUACAAUUUAUUCAAAGCUACUUUGUGACGGAUUAUGAUCCAACGAUUGAGGACUCUUACACCAAGCAGUGUGUCAUCGAUGAUGUCCCUGCAAAGCUGGACAUUCUGGACACAGCUGGACAAGAAGAGUUUAGUGCAAUGCGGGAGCAAUACAUGCGCUCAGGAGAAGGUUUCCUCCUCGUAUUUGCUGUCACAGACAAGGCAAGCUUUGAUGAGAUGUACAAGUUCCACAGGCAGAUCCUUCGGGUAAAGGAUCGAGAUGAAUUUCCCAUGCUCUUGGUUGGAAACAAAGCUGAUCUGGAGCACCAACGAUUGGUGUCACAGAUGGAAGCACAAAACCUCUCAAGACAACUCAAGAUCCCAUAUAUUGAGUGCAGUGCAAAAUUGAGGAUGAACGUUGACCAGGCGUUUCACGAGUUGGUAAGAAUCGUUCGCAAGUUCCAGUUGUCUGAACGCCCACCCCUCAAGGCAAACUAUAAGAAGAAUAAGAAUAAGUGCAGUUUGUUGUAGUGAAUGACUGUCGUUGCCUGUGCCUUUCCUUCCCCUCCAUUUUGUUCUGUUUAAUGACGGGCGGAACCAAUGCCCCUCAGGGUGCACCACAGUGCUCCGUGACGAUUACUUGGCAAGGUUAGAGGACAUCGUGUUUAUGCCAUCUCUAGCCAGCUAUUUUUAUUGUGGUCUUGUUAGUGACGUAAGUUUUAUGAAGUUGCAUUAUUGAUGUUUACAAAUUCUAGAAAUUUGUUAUAGCUGCCAACAAGAGUCAGUCUGAGGUUGAGAGGAGAUGAUAAUUAAACAUACAGUAAGUUCUAAAAUCAGAUCAGGCUGUGGAGAUGAACGGCUGUAGUUGCCAUUUCACACACUUCUGUAUAUUGAUUGAUACUCUUAUUUUUUAAAGUCUUUUAGAGAGAAGAAGUUUGUUCUUUUUGUAACAUAAAGAUGUAUGUUUAGUAAAUCUGUUAUACAGGUGUGCACUCGCUGUGUAGAGGGGUGGAGACCACAAGACCUUGGAGGUGCAGAAUAUUGUCUGAACUUAACAGUAUGAUUGCCAUAUUUCAGAACAUGUUCAUGACUUUA